UAGGUACAAAUGCUACGAAAGAAUAUUGUCUUCAUGGUUGUGCUGGUUUCGCUGACUAGUGUACUUCAAAACCAUGCAAGCCAACGGUGCAGAAUAGAUUCAUAUUCAAUUUAUCAAAUGAUGCUGAAGGGCCACACUUUUAAGACGUUUAAGGCCCAAGCAGGUUCGCUCGACUGUAGACAUGCCUGCCUCGCUGACAUAAGAUGUCAAAGCUACAACGUGGUGAUAUUUGAAAACCUAUGCGAGUUAAAUAACAGAAGCAAAGAGGCUAGGCCAGAGGACUUUAUCAAGAACGAGAACAGAUAUCACUUUGGCAAAGUUUCUGAAAGAGUUCCCCUGGCUUCCAUUCCUGAACUGCCAGCUUAUUCAUGCAAAGAGAUCAAGGCCAGUGAACAAGAACAAGCGGUCAGCGGAAAUUACUGGUUGGAUCCCAUACGAUCGGGAAAUUCCAUUCUAGCUUAUUGUGAUAUGGAAACUGAAAUUGCUGAUUACUGCGUCAAGCAUCAAUGUGCAGAACACGCCAUGUGCGUUAAUGGGGACAUGAAAUACACGUGCGCGUGUAAUUCGUCGGGAUGGACUGGAAGCCUAUGCAAAACAGAUAUUGACGAAUGCACAGAAGGUUCUCACAGUUGCCACAAUGACGCCAGUUGUAAAAAUACUGCAGGUUCAUACGUUUGUAUUUGCAAUUCAGGCUACCUUGGAGACGGGUUUAAUUGUAUUCCUGAAGAAUGUCAAAACUAUAAGUCUCUGACAACUAAAACAAGAAAUACAAAAUAUUUGGCAACAUCAAAAGAAGAUCGACUGUGCGAUAAUAAGUUGGGUCCUGGAUGGUUCCGGUUUCAAGGAGCCGCAGGCAAGGUGAUGCCUACUAAAUGCAUUUCCUGGAAAAGUUGUGGUACCCUUAGACCUGGAUGGUUGAAAGAUGGCCAUCCCCGCAUGGAAGACGGCAAGGUAUCCAGGAAGGUUAAUUUUCGCUCUAUAGAUAAUUGUGCCUUUAAGACCACAACUAUUCAAGUGCGAAACUGUGGCUCAUUCUUUGUGUAUUACCUACACAACGCACCAUCAGGAGGCUGCCAAAGAUACUGUGGCACUGAUUAG